AUGGCCACACAAGCAGCAGAGAACGAAAGCUUCAUCGACAUCACCAUCACGACCUUUUCGUCACCUGAGCCCGAGAGCCAACGUGGAAGAAAGCGAGGACGUAGCCCACCAGGAGGAGCUUUGGCAGUUACCGCGACUCGAAUCCCGUCGGCAGAAUCUGCCACUUUUCGUGGACGAUGUCGACAUCGCUCGACAUCGAGGAUUGAUACCUCUCGAGCCACAUCGCGACUCAGGGGCGGAUCCUUGUCUCCCACCCGCAGAAGAGUUAUUCGUGUUGUUCAGCUAAACCGCCAUCGAAGUCAAUCGCCUUCUAGAUCUCGUUCGCCAAACGGACAAGAGUCAUCAAAGCGAAGGCGGCAAAGGACGCAAAGUCGAAGCCGGAACCACGAAGGUGAUUCAACAAAAAGCUUGGGUGAGCCCAUUAUAACUUCAUUUCUCCGCCACGAGAUAGUGAUCAGGAACGACGGUCCUUCUCAAAAUUCGAAACAGGAUGGCUGA